AUGAAUGGACUUUUAUUGGAUGGGUUUGGGUUUCACAUGAGGUGUUAUGCUCAUAUACUGAAUUUGGUUGUGAGAGAUGGAUUAAAAGUAGUCAGCACCUCAAUUUCAAGUGUUAGAAAUGCAAUUAGGUUUGUAAGAUCUUCACCCCAUAGAGCUUUAAAGUUUAAGGAAUGUGUGGAAUAUGUCGGGAUUACAUGCAAGAAGUCAGUAUGUCUUGAUGUUUCAGCUAGAUGGAACUCGAUAUUUUUGAUGUUAGAUGUAGAUGAGAAGUUUGAAAUUUCUUUUGAUAAGCUAGAAGAUGAGGAUGAAGACUAUAGGGAUUUCUUUGAUGGUGAUUCUCCCUAG